AUGGUGUAUGAUGAAGAUAAGAUAGAGAGAGAAGGAAAAGCGCAGGUAAGAAGUAUCACAUUUGAAGCGAAGAAUGAAGAAAAUAAUUCAAGGUACCAAGUAACCGAAGAGAGUAGAAGGAGAAAUAUGCUUAAAGAAAAAAGAAAGCGCUGUGAUGAAGAAGAGCACGAAGACCCAAGAGACCUCGAAAGAAGAGAUCUAACAAAGCAAAAGCAAAUCAAUUCAGAGCACGAGUGGAGAACCAACAGAGAUGAACAGAUAGAUACAAAUAAAAACGAAGAUCGAGGCAGUAGCUCAAAUGAGAGAGAAAAUUAUAUUAAAGAAGAAAGCUUACGAAAGAAUGAAGGAGAAGAAUCUUAUAAGAAAAGAAGAACGGAAAAGAGUAGCAGAAACACAAGCAAUAUAGAAGGCCACAGAGAGGAUAACAUGUCAAUAGCAUAUGUAGUUCAACUUAUUCACGGUUUGGAAGAAAAA